AUUUAAUUAGCCUACUUCACACUCCUGGGUAUAUUUUGGAAUAGCACUCUUCAGUCAGAGCGUCACUGGCAGAAAACUUUAAACAGGUUACUGACGUUAACUCAGCCAGCACUUAAAAGUAACUUACAAAAAGAAGUAGUGGGAUUAAUGUUAACGUCAAUACUAACGUUACAGUGUUUUAAAGCUGCCCUCUUUUUAACGUUAAGACACCCUUGUCACCUAUAAUUGAAUGGGAAGCUUGGCAGCAUUUGCCAUGUUGGCCAGAACAACCUUGAGCAGAGGCAUUAUUGCCCAGCGCCUCAGUAAGAAUGUCACUUUGUACACAAAUGAAGUAGAGUCUCCAGCCUCAUGCCAGGCUCAAACUUCUGAAGACAAUAAAACUCUUAUGCUGAUGUUGCCAUGGUUGGGUUCACGUCCUGAAGCUGUGGCCAAGUAUUGUGAUAUCUACUUCCGCACCGGCUUUGAUGUACUUGUAGCGGAGACUGAGGUGAUGGAGUUCCUUUGGCCUCGCUGGGGUCUGGAUCAUGGAAAGCAGUUGCUGGAGUUGCUCCAGAGUGAGCGUUUUGCAUCCCGUCCACUGCUUGUCCAUGCUUUCUCUAUAGGUGGCUACACAUUUGCUCAGCUGAUGGUACAUGUAUCCCGGGACACACAGACGUAUCAGUCUUUUACAAAGAGGAUUAAAGGCCAAAUCUAUGACAGCUUGGUGGUGGGCUCUUUGGAUAAUAUGGCCAGAGGUCUAGGUAAGACCUUAUUUCCUCGUUGGGAGAUGCUGGUAAGGAAAGGUAGCCUGAUGUACUUUGGCAUGUUCAAACACCAAACGGUGGACUGCUUUAAUGCAAGCAUCAACACAUUUUGGAACACUCCCAUCACCGCCCCUGCGCUGUUCUUCUUUUGCGAGAAUGACAUGAUGAGCGACCACCAAGUUGUGGAGGAUUUGAUCGAUUACUGGCAAUUGCGUGGCAUUGACGUCACAGGGAAGAAAUGGGAGGAAUCAAUACAUGCAGGUCACCUAAAGAGGCACCCGCAAGAGUAUUUGACCACCCUAGACAUGUUUCUCCACAAACACCACAUAGCUUCAUUGAGGGCCAAGAUGUAAGAUGGUUUCAUUACAAAUUAAUGCCAUAUUAGCUUGACUUUGCUUGUUUUCUCUUUACAAGUGAAUUAGAUGUGCUUUACAGUAAAGUGCAUACAAAAAAGUAGCAUGACAAUAUAACAAAGGCUUUCAAAUCUCCAUGAUCAUGCAGAAGAAGAUAAAACUGGAAUUUCCUGUAAGCUUGGCAGUCAGCCUGUCUGAACUCAGACACAGUCACCCACUGAUUGCUUGCAGUUAGAAAAAACACUCCAAAGGUCAAAUGCACUUCACUUUGUAUAUCUAAAUACACUGUGCUUCUUAUCCUGGGGUGAGAACACAGAUGCUCCCGAAAACAGCUCUGAGGCUCUUCACUCCUCACUCCAAAUGUGCAUUACUUGCAUCAAUAGUUACUAAGCUUUAGUUGAUAUUGUGAUUAAUACAACAAACAAACAAAAAAAAUGCAACAUGUAAAUUCUUAAAUUCAAUUCUUAACAAAGUAGACAACAUACAUGAAGAUUUGUACAUCUUUAUUACUGCAGUUUUGUAUCUGACAGCAGUAGUAGGUAGUUUAAGAUAAACAAAAAAAAUUUUGAAAAUGAAUAACUGAAUGAAAUUUGACCUCAAUGACCUUGUGUAUAUAGUCAGAGAGGUGUAUUUACUGUACAAUACUCAGAAAUUACUAUGAAGAAGAACAUGUGCCUUUGUGCAGACAAGAGUUUUCCACUAAGUCAAAACAUAAUUUCAUCACCACACAACUGUUCAUAUUCACACUAGCAC